UUUCACUCUCGCUCACUCGUUCGUUCGCUCUGGUUGACCCGCUAAAAUAGACAAAGCUUUAUUCCCGGCCAAAGUCAGAGAUAUUAACAGUCCCCAAUCUCACACGUAGUUGGUACAUCGUCGUCGGUUCGACAAGUUUAAUAUUGAUUUGUAAAUCGACCUGCUUCUCUUCAAUUAGUGUCUGAUAUUUUUCUUUUAAUUCGAUCUUCUUCAUUUCUCUCUUUCUCUCUCUUAUCAUUUUUAAACCAAUGAAUUUGAAAACAUAUUUGAAAAGUAAAAUAAUGUAAAAUAUGAUCCUUAAAAUAGACAUAUCUACGGUCAUUAAUGAAUAAAUGAUAAGAAAUAACAAGAAAAAUAUUGUAGAGUUCAACUUUAUGUUUUUGAAAGAUUAUGAAACGUACGAAAAUGUUGAUAAUAUCGAAGACUGUUUCGAGCAUAUAUUUUCUCUCUUCUUUUCGAUUAAUCGAAAAUAAUAGUUGAUUUGGAAGAUGGCGACAUCAUGAUUAUGUCAUAUAUUUUUAUUUGACAUUGCAUCUCUCCGAUAUUAUUAAAUAAAAAGAAAUUGAUUCGCGAUCAGAUAUGCCACAAUAUGACGAAUCUUUUCUCGAUUCGUCGAUCUUCAGACGACGUGUACGAACUUAUUCCAUACAAAAGAAAUCCUCAACGAAAUCAAGAUCGUUCAAGAAUACGUCUGUACCUUUGUUGUUGGCCGUGACCGAUCUCAAUAACGAUUUCUCUGAUUCGCUUUCGAUCUGCAGUACGCAAGAAAGCAACGAGGAACGUUCAAACGGAAAGGCGCGCGGCGGUAAGCUCGCGCGUCGAGCACGCUCCUUUAAGGAGGACUUUUUGGAGAAGCUUUCACACAUGCGUUCUCCGGGUAGCGGUGGUACAGGGACAGGAGGCGUAGAGAGCGCCGUAGGAGGAGUCGGCCGAGCAAGUUCACCUUCGUCGCCACGAAUACCACGUGAUAAAAAUGGAGUUGCUGGAAUUGGACUUGGAACAGGUGGAACAUCGUCAUCAUCAUCAGGAAAGGAUAAUAAUAAUGCAGUUGGUCUUGAAAAAAAUCCUUUACGAGACUUGCAUGUCCACGUGAGACAAGUACAGCUUGCUCUUCUGCAUUUUCGUGAUGUUGUCUCGAAAAAGAAAUUGGAAAUGUUACCAGGUAAUGGUACAGUGGUUCUCGACACUGUUACCACUAUACACACGGUACUCAAGUCCUAUCUCCUCUAUGAAAAUAGUUCCACAUUAGGAUCUGCAACCAAUCAAGUUUAUCAAGCACUUGCUCAGUUAUUGAAGCUCUGCGAUGAUGUCUUGUUACAUGGUGAUCAAUCCUCUGCUUUGGAUACUGAAAAUGUUACCCAUAUUAUUGGUUUGGUCGAAGAAGCAGUUAAGAAUUUGGUUUCCCUUGCUCACGAGAAGAUUUCUAAUCGACAGAAACCUGUUAACAUUACAAUUAACAAUCGUGCAUCAGGAUAUGGAUUGGAACUUGCUCCUCAGAGGAACUCGCUGCCGGAUAUACCUUUAACGCCAAGGGAAAGAGAGAUCUUAGAACAGACUGCUGCUAACAAUAGUCUUGUUCGAAGUUCUCAUAGUUCUGAAUCUAUUUUAAGGGAUUCCAGUCCACCACCAAAACCUCCUCUUCCUGAUAGAACGAACGUAUGCUUCUCUGAAGAAAACAGUUCAUCGGGUACACCACCGCCUUUACCACCAAAAAGAAGAACCAGAACUCAACAAUUACUCGACGAGUCUGAAAGUUUCUUAGCAUCUAGUCUCGAUAGAGUUUCUUUGCGUAGUCGGUCACCGGAAGACUCUUCUUCUAUUCUAAGUGCAUCAGCUGGUAGUUUGGAUUCUGCUUUGAAUCAUUCACGUGACGAGGAUGAAAUUCGAGCGAUCAUGGGACCAAACGAUGAGUCUCUCAAUGAUAGUAUGGAUCUCAGUCUUAUAGCUACAAUUAAAAGUAUGCAAGUUAAUGGGACCUCUAAUUGUGCUUGUUGGGAUAGUUCUGAAAGCAGUAUACCAAAUACUAUGUUACUAGGACAACAAACACCACAAGAAAUUCUUAAUCCGUUCACUGGUAUAGAUGGAAAAAUAGAAAGAUUUUCAACUCAAACACAUGAAUCCGGUUUUGUAUCAAUGCAUUCUCAAAGAAGUUCUUCUCAAAGUUACACGACUGCUUCUAGUACAACUUCAAAAAGGUCAUCACAACAAAGCAGUAUCAGUUACAAUUCCCAAACGUUUAGUACUCAACAACAAUCUCUUUAUCAACAAAAGUUUACAUCGGAUAGCAAUGGUUCUGUUUUUAUGCAAAAAACAAUGAGCAGUUCUAAAAGUACCGCGGAUAAUAUGAAUAUAACGGAAAGUGGCGAUACCGUUAUGUUAGAAAAAUUGAAAAAUGACAUGGAAUCAAUUACUAUAUCUGAUGCUAAUGGAAUACCACCUGCAUUACCAGAAAAACGAUCUAAACGGAGAAGAGAACGUCAACCAUCGCAAUACGACAAUGUACCUGAAAAUGAACAUUUGUCUACCUGCAGUUUGCAUACCAGUAACGGUGAUAGUUCGGAUACCAAUAAACCACCACCUCUUCCGCUGAAAAAAAAACAUAUGUUCCAAUCAGUGGCAUAUUCUGUUAUGGCAUACAUGGAGAUGUUUGGAAAUUGCUCUCACAGCAACAACGACUUCAUUUCUGGUCUUGGAACUCGUCAUUCUGUAGCAGCUUACAAUUCCAUGCAAGCAGAAUGGCAACAACAUGAAAUGGCACUCACUACGACUCAAUCUUGUUCUUUUAUGGCUCAUACAAUAACUAACUUACAUGACACUACAAGCGUUUCUAUAUCUAUGACUCCAAACAUUACGGAAAUAACAAAUAAUUCUAGUCUUCCUCCUGCUUUACCACCAAAGAGAUCACGAUCUAUUAAAUCAAAUGCUACACCUUCGAUAGUUUCACCAAAGGCUACGAUUAGUAUGCAAAGCAUACACACAUCUGAUCCAAUUUUAUCAUUGACUCCUGUUAGAAUUGAUGAGCCAUCAUAUAAUGAUGCUUUUCUUGAUAAAAAAGAUGUUGUAUCAUCAACUCCAGUGAAAUUGAAUACUACUGGUACUGCAAUGGACAUAGCAUUACCAAUUUCCAGACCUGCGAGUAAUGCUCUUUCUUCUGUAUCCAUUAGCGAUAACACUUUGGAAUUAAGGGAUAUAGAUCAAGAUGAUAAUAUCUUGGAAGAAUUAGAUAUCAGUAAAUAUUUAGUUUUUAAAAAACCUGAUGAAGAAGGACCUGAUAUACGUGGUGGACAUCCCGAUGCAUUAUUAAUUCAUGCUACCAAAGCUAAUAAGCAUGACGAAAAGGAAUCAGACUUUUUAUAUCAGGAAGCUUUUCUAACAACAUACAGAACAUUUAUGCAACCGCUUGAAUUAAUUCAAAAAUUACAUAAACGACAUCAACGUUUUUCCUGUUCUCCAGAUGUUACGAAGCAACGAGCAGCUCGAGAAGCUUUUUCUUUAUUAGUUAGAGUAGUCAGUGAUUUAACUAUGUCAGAUCUUGAUGAUACCUUAUUACAAACUUUAAUGGAAUUCGUACAGCAAUUAGUAUGCAGUGGUGAUUUAACAAUGGCUAAAGCUUUACGAGUGAAAAUAUUAGAAAAGCAUGCUGCUAAACAAUUACAAUACGCACAACCAAUUUUAUCUUCUCUUAGUGUAACGACGAAACAAGCAUCACUUUUAGAUUUUAAAAGCGAACAGAUCGCAGAACAAAUGACUUUAUUAGACGCAGAUUUAUUUAUGAAAAUUGAAAUUCCUGAGGUAUUAAUUUGGGCUCAGGAACAAAAUGAAGAGAGAAGCCCAAAUCUUACGAGAUUUACGGAACAUUUUAAUAAAAUGUCAUACUGGGCUAGGUCCAGAAUAUUAGAACAUAGAUUGGAAAACGAAGCUAAGGAUAGAGAAAAAUAUGUUGUCAAGUUCAUCAAAAUAAUGAAACAUCUUAGAAAAAUAAAUAAUUUUAAUAGUUAUCUUGCCUUGCUUUCUGCAUUAGACAGUGCACCAAUUAGAAGACUUGAAUGGCAGAAGCAUAUUACGGAAGGUUUGAAGGAAUAUUGUGCUCUUAUUGAUAGUUCAAGUAGUUUUCGAGCAUAUAGGCAAGCUUUAGCGGAAACCCAACCACCAUGCAUCCCAUAUAUUGGACUUGUGUUACAAGACCUUACAUUUGUGCAUAUUGGGAACAGUGAUUUAUUACCGGAUGGUACUAUCAAUUUUUCUAAAAGAUGGCAACAAUUUAAUAUUGUUGAAAAUAUGAAGAGAUUCAAAAAAGGUACAUACUCCUUCAAGAAACACGAUCGUAUUAUUACAUUCUUCAACAACUUCAGUGAUUUCCUCUGUGAGGAGGCAAUGUGGCAAAUUUCUGAAAGUAUUAAGCCACGUGGUGGAAAGAAAGUUCAAUUGCAAAACUAGAACAUAUCUAACCCUUUCACUGCCUGUGUUUCCAAAUCAAAAGGCUGAAAUGGUGAAAAUUUUAAACGAUUAUGUUUACAUGAGAAUUUGCUCUUUUCUGCGAUUAAAAAAAGAAUAAUAAUAAUGCAUAUACACGUAUAUAUACAUAUGUAAUAUGUAUUGAAGGAAGAAUCUAGUAUGUAUAUGUACGUAUGUGUGCGUGAUAUACGUACGUAUGUGCAACGCUCUGAGAGCGGUGAAAGGGUUAGCAUGGUCUACCCCAAUGUGUACGCAGCCUCUGUGAGGCUGUAUUUGAAUAUUUUUAAUUUAUACUCGUCGAAAAAAUAUAAACAAAAGAAAAGAAAUACAAAAAGUUAAUAUACACAGUUCAGCUGAGACACAUGCGAUCUUGUACAGUAUUUGAAUUUUAAUGCAUUGUCUCUUCAAACAGAAUCAUAUGCAUGAGAGAGAGAUAUGCAGAGACAGGGAGUACGAGGUUGGGAGGGGAUUGAUAAUAAUCGGAAGUCAAAGAAACAGUCAAAAUCUAGUUAGCACAAAAUUAAGAAAUUAGUUAAACUAUCGUUAAUUCAAUGCAUUUCUCAUAAUCUUCCUUUUAAAUGCAAAUUGAUAUGAGAAAUACAUAUUUGCCUUGAUAUCCAAAUUGUAUUUAAAUAUGAUGUACCUAUAAUAAUGCUUAGCUUAUAGAUAAAAAGAAGAAGUAAAGAAAGAAAAAAACAGAAUAUGAUUUACAUUGAAAAAACUACUAGACUACUACUAGUACCACUACUACUACACUACUACUACUACUACUACUACUACUACUACUACUACUACUACUACUACUACUACUACUACUAUUACUCCUACUACUACUACUCUACUACUACUACUACUACUACUACUACUACUACUACUACUACUACUACUACUACUACUACUACUACUACUACUACUACUACUACUACUACUACUACUACUACUACUACUACUACUACUACUACUACUACUACUACUACUACUACUACUACUACUACUACUACUACUACUACUACUACUACUACUACUACUACUACUACUACUACUACUACUACUACUACUACUACUACUACUACUACUACUACCAUUACUAUUACUACUACUACUACUACCACUAUCACUACUACUACUACUUCUCUACUAUCACUACUAUCACUACUACUACUUUUCUACUAUCACUACUACUACUUCUCUACUAUACUACUAUUACUACUACUCUCUACUAUCACUAUUACUACUACUACUACUGCUAUUACUAUUACACAUACACACGUGUAUAUUUACACGUACAUAAUUUAUUUAUUAUUUGCGGACAGAAAGAGGAAGGGAGAGAGAGAGAAACUACAAAAGUAGUAGGUGUCAGUUAUCAUUUAAAUUAUUUAGAUAUAUGUAAACAUCUGUUUACCUAGCUUUCACAUAGAUAGACAAGUUUCAAUAAUCAACCAAAAGCUGUUGAUUAUAACACAAGGAAGAACACCAAUUACGUUGAUUAAUGUAGAACCAUUGUAAUCUUGAGUUGGCACAUCAAUAGAUGAUGUGCAUCUCUGGACAAAUGGUAUGACUGAGAGAAAAACUGUUGCAUAUACUAUUGUAUAUGAUUAUAGAACAUAAUUUUUUGUUAAUAACUUGUUGAUAGUUACCCAAGUUCCCCGGCUUUAAGUCAAGAAUGCAGGAUCAAUCAAUCAAAUUCAUCGAGUUGGAUCUCUUAAUAUUGAUCAAAAUUUUGUGUAGUACACGUUACAAUAUAAUUAAAUGCUAUCAAACUAUUUUGACAAUUAUUGUUCAAAAUUGGCCUAAUCAUAUACUCUUUAUUAUGAUAAUAUAUAUCAGCUUUAUUUUGCAAAAAGCUCCUAUAUUUGCAAUAGGAAUUAAAAAAAUGAAGGAUAGAACACCUAGUAAACAUCAAGUUUCAAAUUGUUCAAUUCAUUGUUUAGAAUUAAUAAAAACAUGCCAAUGCAUAAUAUAUUGUAAAUAUUUUCAAUAUUACGAAUAAUUUCUUUUUCUUUCUUUUUUCUGUAUCUAGGCGUUGCUUCUGUGUAUCUAUUGAUAAUUUUAAAUAUAUAGCAUACUAUUUGUAAUUAACUUUAUAUAUGCAGCAUCAAAUUCAAAUAUUUGUAUCAAUAUAAUCUUUUGAAUGCCUUAUUAUAUUUUUGUGUAAUAGUAUGCACACUGCUUUUAUAUUUUUAUUUAAUUAAAAAUUAAAUUAAAUUAAAUUAAAUUAAAUUAACAAAAACUAAAUUAUUCAGUUAAGUUUGUCUUCUUUUUUUCCACUAAUUUACACAUACACACAAUAUUAUCAAUAAGGAAAAUAUUUUGAUAGUUGUUAGAUAUUGAUCAAUUAAAUAUGGCUUUAAAUAUAUGCAUAUUAAACAUGCAUGGUUUGCAAUAUUUCUAUUGAAGAACCAAUAACGCUACUUCCGAAUAAAAGAAACAUCCAAAUAGAUACUUCUGUGUGCAUAAUUUUAAAACAUAAUAACGUAAAAGAGAUGUAAGAGAAGAUCAUAAAAAAAAUAUGCAACGAAAUUAUUACACUUAAUUAGAUAAGGUAUAAAAUACAGCUUUGCAUUAGUCGAAAUAACCGUUAAAAUUAAAAAAACAAGCCAAAUAAUAUUUAUAAUUAUCCUUUCUCUAAUGUUAUACGCUACAAAGAUAUAGACAUAGCAUAGA